UGUAGGCAGCAGGCUAGAAGCGAUGACUGGAUAUGCUCAGAAAUGAGAGAAGCUUUUUUAUUUUCGGCGAGUUUAUUUUUUGACAAGCUGAUCCCUAUUGGUGGACUAUAACUAAAGGGUGGUUGUGGCUUGCGGGGUUGACAUUAUUUAUUGACAGCGAUCUAUUAUAUCUGAAAAGGCUUGCGUGUGUAGGAUAUUUACAAAAGGACUGGGCCCUAAACAACUUGUUUCGAUUGAGAGAGAGGUACAGGGCUACCUACCUACCUGUCCUGUUGGCUGCUGGUAACGGCAUAUCAGAAGGAUAUUUUUUUCCGGCUGCAAAUGGAACAGAUGUUGACUAAUGAAGAAUACAGAGGAGUAGCCUAGUCCACAGAAUAGUUUAUUUGCUUAACAUAUCUAUUUGUUUGUAAUGCUCCACCACUUUGUAAGAGCUCACUCAAAAAAGUUGCUUAAAUGGAAAAAACACCCUCAUUCUUGUAUUUUCCACAAUAUUGAUUUUGUGCGCAUGGGAAAAUAGACAGCAGUAGGCUAAAUCGCACAUUCAUGCCAUUUUAAGAGCAUAUGCCUACUGUUCAUAUUUUAGCCUACCAUUGCUAAAUCGCCUGAAACGCAAACCAAAUGUGUCAGAUUGUAAUCUUAUUCUUGCCAGUAGCCUAGCCUAUGCUUUCUGUACGCUAAUAUAGCAAUCGGGUUUGGGAUCACCUGCGCUAUUGGCACCAUUCCAAUGAUAAACCAUUGCGUUUUCCAAUGUUCUCCUCAUAAAAGUUAUCGCUGAGAAUAGGACAUAAUACAAAUGUAAUUUAAUCCUGACACGGCCAGACGCAGAACGCAGUGUGUGUCCUGUGACAUUGCACCUGAAGGUCUACUUGGCGAGAUUAGUUUUGCGUUGUCUUCCAAAAGGGAUUCGUCGUGGAGAGAAGAGGGGAUGCGCGCCUUUCGGAGCAAGAACAUGGAAUAGAACUGCAAAGGAUAUAUGUGGAACUCUUUGGAUAGCCACACGUUCUAAGGUUGAAUGAAAGAGAUCACAAGUGAAUUCGCUGGUUAUGGUAUUUCAACAAAGUACCGGAAGACCUCUCUCAAAGUAUGGAUAGUCUUGAGCUUAAAUUCGUGAACGUUCUCUUGGACCACACUGACUCGGGGAUGCCCAACAAGCCCAUUGACUGAGCUGAAACUGCUUGGAUCAUGAUGCAAGCGUAAAAUUGCACCUGACAUCGAAUGCAACAUAGCUGAUCACAUUUGACAAGGACCUACUAUGUCAACGUUACUAACCAGGAGAUUGUGUCACUGCCAGGUUCUGACCUUCAUCUGCCUGCUGGUCUCAGCCAUCUGCCUGUCCUCCCAGCACAGCUCUUCCUGGGUGUCUGCGUGGGGUCCGUCGGAGGGUCGUCCAGCGCGUGCCCGACGACAGCUGCACUACAGGAACGAAUGGGCCUCGUGGAACGGCUGGUCUGUGUGCUCGCGCUCAUGUGGGGGAGGGGCCUCGGUGCGUACACGCACCUGCAUCACCAGGAACCCAGUUGGCGGGCCAUGCUCAGGAGACCCCAGACAAUACAAGAUCUGCAACCCCAAGGGGUGUACUGGGGGCUCAGAGGACUUCAGGGAGAUGCAGUGUUCUGCCUACAACGACAGACCGCUGGUGGCUGGAAACAGCUACAGAUGGACCACCUUCCAUGGAGGUUCUAACCCAUGUGAGUUGAGCUGUCUGGCCCUGGGUCACAACUUCUACUACAACUUUGGUCGCGUCCUGGACGGCACUGCCUGCAGUAAAGAGCCUGGAGCUGUGUGUGUCAACGGAAAAUGCUUGACACCGGGCUGUGACCUGAUCCUGGGCUCGGACCAGCAGGAGGAUGCCUGUAUGGUGUGUGGAGGACAGAACUCAACCUGUCUACACCACAGGAGUGUGUACCAGAAUGCACAGGGAGCAGCGGGUCCGUUUGGGUACAAUGAAGUGACCAUGAUCCCAGCUGGAGCUACUCACAUCCGCGUCACCGAUAACAGCAGGAACUAUCUGGCGCUCCAGAACGGGCGUUCCCAGUUUGUCAUUAAUGGAAACUGGAAGAUCAGUGUUCCUGGGGAGUACAGCGUAGCGGGAACCAAGCUCCUGUACAAGCGCUCUGCGGACACCUGGGAAAGCUUUGAGGUCCCUGGACCCACUAGGGAGGACCUACACGUCAUGGUGUUGGCAACAGACAGGAACCCGGGGAUAGAAUACGAGUAUUGGCUCCCUCCAGACAGCUACGCCCUGUACCAUGGCAGGAGGAGUCAGCUACGCCAGCCUCACCACACUGCUAGCUACAUCCCCUGGGAUCACCCCACCACCACUACUACUACUACCACAACCACCACUACUACUACUAGGCCUCUCUCUGUCACCACAAGACCCUACUGGGCUCCUCCAGGUGGCUGGCCCGUCAAGUCCCCUCGCCACCCAGCUCGCCAACCCCCUCACCAGCCCCAGCCCCACCGCCCACCUGUCCUUCCCCGCCUGGAGAGGGACGAAACCAGGGGGAACCGACUACCCCAACCCCCCCGAGGAGGGCAUUGUGGGAAAUGUAGGCGGGCUCGGGGUCGAGGGGAGCGCCAGAGGCAGUACUGCCAGAAAGACUUCGUGUUCCGUGCCAAGGUCAUGAGCAAGCUGUACCGGGGCGAGGAGACGCGCUACGAUGUCCAGAUCAUCCACACCUACCGCAAUCGGUUCCGCCUGGAGCACCGCGAGUUCCUGUGGGUGCCUAACGUGUGUGACUGCCCCCCUCUGGAGGAAGGGCGCCAGUACGUGCUGAUGGUGCGCCGCCACAUUAACUACGAGCAGACGUUGAACCGGAUACUGAUGGAGGAGGACAGCUACGCUAUACCCUAUAAACCCAGAGAGGACACUCUGUUGCGCCCCCUGGAGGAUCUGUGUAGUAACAGAGGGCCCAGGCCACCUGCGGAACUGAGGGGCGGCUAUGCCUAGAGACAGACAUGUACAGUAUAUACCUGCACACCAGACACCACUGAUGCACACAUACACUUUCACUGUCACGACUCCUUAACACUCCUCAAGACUGGGCACUUCUGAUGGCGAAUCAGACAAACAACAGGGCUGCAUGUGUGUGUGAGACAUUAAAACCCCAUACACCCCACGCAACAACUGCUCCCUCUGACCCUUCAAAAGACACACAGAGAGCAACAGAACCACUAGAAUUCCAAAAUGGGGGAACUGAAAAUGGCAGAAGCAAACACUAGUUGAACCCUUGGAAGAUACUCAGAGUGACCCAGUAGAUCUGUCAGUCACCACGAUAAGAAAGCAAAUCCCUCUCAAAGAGCAAUGCAAAAGCUGACCAGCUCACAAAGUAUAGCACUUUAGGUGGAUGUUAUCACCCACCUUUAAAUUUCAGAUACCAAAGAGAAGAAUAUAUCCACUUCAAUGGCCAAGCGUUUGUGUUUUGUUUUGUACCCUUUGCUAACCAGAUAACUGACUAUAACUAUCUGUCUGGGUUACUAACAGGCAGUGUUGGGGAAGCUACUCUAAAAAUAUAGUUUACAGCUUGUAUCAAUUACUUCACCCUGGAAGAGGUUAAGCUACACUUAGGCCUAGAUUCAAUCAGAUCAAGCGUUAACCGGCGAUAGCCGACACCUGCAUAGCUGAUGGUUUGACGGUGCCGGAGAUGUAACUGCGUUGGAGCUGUCAAAUCGGUGAAUAGAUGCUCUUAAUCAUUGUCACUCGCGUUAGAUGUUCAGAACGACAAAGUGUAGGCUAUAUAGAAAUAAUGACGCUCAAAUUGAAAAUCAGUAGCCUAAAUGAAUUAAUGAGGAUUUUUAUCAGCCUAAUCGAGAUGUAGAUUACAUCUCACAUUCCAGUGUUUCAAACUUAUAAACAAGGCUGCAUGAGAUUUCUCUUAAUGCAACUCCGUGCAGCCAAUGGCAAUGUCCGCUUUAGGUAUAAUGCCACGAGCUGCUUGUGUAUUUGACAGCUCUAAUGCAGUUCCACCUCCAACACUGCCUAAACAACUGCUAUGCGGAUGUCGGCUAAAGCGGAUCUGAUUGAAUAGAACCAUUAAGCUACCCUUAAGAAACAUAUAGUUUACUUUAAUAGUUACUUUGAAAACUACCUCGUGAAAAACUAUCAUAUCUAAAUCUGAAAUGUCAUAGACUACAAAGUUUUAAAAAAUGACUGCAAGAACACAUCACUGGAGUCAGAUGUUAACAGUGUAGUGAGAUCUGUGUGACAGCCAGAGUGAGUGCUUCGGCUUAGCCCAGUGAGAUCUGUGUGACAGCCAGAGUGAGUGCUUCGGCUUAGCCCAGUGAGAUCUGUGUGACAGCCAGAGUGAGUGCUUCGGCUUAGCCCAGUGAGAUCUGUGUGACAGCCAGAGUGAGUGCUUCGGCUUAGCCCAGUGAGAUCUGUGUGACAGCCAGAGUGAGUGCUUCGGCUUAGCCCAGUGAGAUCUGUGUGACAGCCAGAGUGAGUGCUUUGGCUUAGCCCAGCGGCCAGGGAGAGAGAGAAAAAAUAGGGGGUAGUUAUUUACCAAAAAUGUUUGUUGUUGAAUAAAUGUAGUGGGUAGUUCCAGUAGAUAGCUACACCACUACAUGAUAAAAAUAAUGAACUACCAAAGACACUACAAAGAUUUGAAUGUAGUUAAGCUACCACCAAGCUACUGCAAAAAUUUAGGUAAAUUACUAUCUGAAUUACAUGUAGUGGAACUACUCCCCAACACUGCUAGCAGUUCAGUCACUCUUUGUCAAAAUAAAUAUGUGCCUUUUCCUUUUUUUCUCAUACCUAAGAUGUAUAAAACAACAUAUUGUUCCAUAUUGUAUUUAUGUGGCAAAAGAAUAGCUAGAUCAUAACAUUUAUAUUUGUGUUUUGCUUCUAAAAUAUAAUAUUUUUAAAAAUAAUCUAUCAAUGCAUUUCUCUCUAUUGAUGUACAGUAUGUGUUUUGGGUAACAAUUUACAUUCAUUUGCUCUUAUACCUGUGUAGUAACACUGUCAUGAAUUACACUAGUAACAUUGUAUUUACAUGUUAUAAUAUAGUACUUCAUUAAUUGCAUUGUAAUUGCAUAGUGAUGAGGUGGAGUUUAUUCCACUUGUAUAGUAACAGAAACCGCUCAACUCUACUACUGUUACUAUGCAAUUAAAACUACACCGAUAUAAGAGCAAGUUAAUGUGUUACUGUGUUUUGAAUAUAAAAAAAAUCAGGUUCCCUUAGUCUGUUUUGUUAUGUCUCCUGUUGUCCUAUUCACAUGAAUAUUUAGUUUUGUGAGAAAGUAAAAAUAUGGAUUAUACAGUAUUGUAUAUUGGUGUGGCACUGAGUAGCUACAAAUAUAAGAAACAUAUUUAAUUUGAA